UAGUUUGUGGUUUUGAGAUGAAGAACUUGAUAGGGAAGCUAAAAGUCUGUCAUGUUUUUGUUCCUCUUUCCAGAUAUGAGAAAUGAGUGUUGGACGCAGAAGAUUAAAGCUGCUGGGAAUUCUGAUGAUGGUAAACAUUUUUAUUUAUGUGAUUGUGGAAGUCUCAAAAAGUGGCAGCCAAGAGAAGAAUGCAAAAGGACGUGUUAUUAUACCACGCAGCAAGUUCUGGAGAAAAUAUACUCCUCACAAAGCAUAUUGGAACAGACAGCAACAGAAGCUUGAACUGCUCUACAACCCUAUUCUGACCUUGCUUUCCAAUAUGACUGUGGAAGAGAACUUAGUUUCUAAUGCGAGUGUUCUCAAUUCGUGUGACCCUGACCCAUGGGUAGCUUCAGAGGUUAGUGACUUUGCAAACUUGCCAGACAGAUUCAAAGACUUUCUACUAUAUUUGAGAUGUAGAAAUUAUUCAUUAUUAAUGGAUCAGCCAAACAAGUGCAAACACAAACCUUUUCUGCUGCUGGCUAUUAAGUCGCUUACACCCCAUUUUGAUAGAAGGCAAGCAAUUAGGGAAUCCUGGGGCAAGGAAAUCAAAUCAGGCGAUGUGACAGUCAGAAGGGUCUUCUUACUUGGGCAGACCCCACCAGAGGAUAAUUUCCCUGAUCUUUCAGACAUGAUAAGAUUUGAGAGUGAAACCCACCAAGACAUUCUCCUCUGGAACUACAGAGACACUUUCUUCAAUUUAACUCUGAAAGAGGUACUGUUUCUCAAGUGGGUCAGCAGCAGUUGUGCAGAUGUCCAGUUUAUUUUUAAGGGUGAUGAUGAUGUUUUUGUGAAUACCAAUCAGAUCCUGGAUUACUUGAAGAGCUUAACAAAGGACAAAGCCAAAGACUUAUUUAUAGGCGAUGUGAUCAAAGAUGCUGGACCUCACAGAGAAAAAAAAUUGAAGUACUACAUCCCAGAAAGUGUUUAUGAAGGUUCGUAUCCUCCAUAUGCAGGAGGUGGUGGGUUUCUGUACUCUGGUGAUCUGGCAUUAAGACUGAAUAAUGCAUCUGACCAGGUACUCCUUUAUCCUAUUGAUGAUGUUUAUACUGGAAUGUGCCUUCAGAAGCUUGGGCUUGCUCCGGAAAAACACAAAGGCUUCAAAACAUUUGAUAUUGAAGAGAAAUACAGAAAUAACAUAUGUUCCUACACAAACUUAAUGUUAGUGCAUAGUAGAAAACCUCAAGAAAUGAUUAAGAUUUGGACACGCUUGCAAGAUCCACACUUAAAUUGUUAAAGCAAUGUGCAUAAGUGUCUUAAGUGCAAAUAACUUUCCUGGUUUGGAUCUGACUUUCUUGGUGGACCAGUGAAGCUCUGUUUUAAUAGUUUAAUUUUUUCUGAAAACUUUUUCCAGUACAUCUGAAAAUAAGUAUAAUACUAAAAUUUGACUUGAUGGCUUGAAGACUUGGUCCUGGCUUUUCCACUGUCCUGGUGGUCAUUAUGUUUCAAUAUUUGUCUUAAAUUAAUUUUGAAUAGGACUUCAAGGAUAUAACUAGCUGUCAGUGACUGGUUAGCUGUAUUGGAAACAGGGAUUGCCUACUACAAUGCAUCUCUCAUGAAUCGUGAUGGUGGAAGAGAAUUUUUCCUUGAGUAGUGUCUGUGUUGGGGUGCGUGGAAACCACUGUAAAUUGAAAAUUCACAAAUUGGAAGAAUGUAGUUUUAAGUAUGAAA